ACAUAUAUAUUCCACGGUUAUUCAGUAGGUGGCAGCUAAAAGCCUGCAUGAGCUCUGCAGACGCCAUUUAGGCAGCAGCACCAGCAGAGGCUGGAGCCAGCCCACCCAUAAAAGCAGAAAGAAAGAGGCGGCAGCCGAGCCGAGCGCAGCACCAGCCCCUGCGCGGGACCGCGGGAGGCGCGGAGCCGCGGAGCGCAGGGCGCGCAGCAGCCGCGCAGGCAGCGGGGAGGCAGCAGCCUGACCCUGAGCAACGCAGGGACCCCGCGCUGCUGGAGGAAACCCGGGGCAGAGAGGGUCAACAGCUGGCGUGAUGACAGGCACAGACUGAAGAGUGUUUGGAGCUUUCUCUUCCUACACAGGUCUCUGAGAGUGACAGUAACUGCAGUGUAGAAGAGAUGGAAGGGGUGAAGCUGCCUUCUGCCUGAAGCCAGGCUGGGCAGGCAGAGCUGUGACAACUCUCCGCUUUGCCUCAGGAUCAGAAUACCCAGUUGCACUGCUUAUUCUGCCUACAGUGUGGCAGGUGAGGAAUUCAAGUCCUUCAUCUAUUUACAUUAUGUAAAGACAGAUGUUUUCAGCUUACUCAUACAUUAGAAUUGGGACAAAAAAGAAUACCGUGGACAAGAAGGAGAACAGAAUCAAGAUCUUUCCUGCUAGCUGAGCAAAACACACACACAAGAGAAACAUGCCUGAGCAAAGCAAUGAUUACAGGGUUGUUGUGUUUGGAGCAGGAGGAGUGGGAAAAAGUUCUUUGGUCUUGAGAUUUGUGAAGGGCACUUUCAGAGAGAGCUACAUCCCUACCAUCGAAGACACCUAUCGGCAGGUGAUCAGCUGUGAUAAGAGCAUAUGCACUUUGCAGAUAACUGACACUACAGGGAGCCAUCAAUUUCCAGCCAUGCAACGUCUUUCCAUUUCUAAAGGACAUGCUUUCAUUUUGGUUUACUCUAUCACCAGCCGACAGUCCUUGGAGGAACUCAAACCAAUCUAUGAACAAAUAUGUCAGAUUAAAGGAGACGUAGAAAGCAUUCCAAUAAUGCUGGUGGGGAACAAAAAUGAUGAGAACCAAAAUCGAGAGGUGGACAGCAGUGAAGGAGAAGCCAUGGCUAAGAAGUGGAAAUGUGCCUUCAUGGAGACCUCUGCCAAGCUGAACCAUAACGUGAAAGAGUUAUUCCAAGAAUUACUAAAUCUAGAGAAACGCAGGACUGUGAGCUUACAAAUUGAUGGCAAAAAAAGCAAGCAGCAGAAACGGAAAGAGAAGCUGAAAGGCAAAUGUGUGGUGAUGUGAAAUUGCUCUGUCAGAAGUCAGUCAUAUAGUCUCACCUCUCUGACAACACCCAUUUAAAACCUAUAGACAGCAAACAACACAUGACACCCUAUUUAUCAGCAUCUGUUUUAAAAGAGAUAUUUGGAAUUUGAAAAAAAUAAGUUAUUGUGGUUACUAUGAAAAAAACCCAACAAUUAAAAAGUAGUGUACUCUAGCUAUCAGUGAAGAAAAUCAGGAAGUAAAAGAUGGUCCAGCAUAUCUUACUUUUGUAAUUUACAGAAGAAAAGAAAUUUCAUUCUUAGCAUAAUGUGAAAGAUUUGGAAAGUGAACUUCAUAUUAUUCAUGUUUGCAUACACAAGAAGAAUGUCUGAUGUUAGAAAACAAACAAACAAACAGACAAACAAAUGGCUGUGAAGAAACCUAGAAGGUAUAAAUGCAUGCUGGGUGGCACCAUCACAUCCUUUGAGAAUGCUGUGGAAAAACAAAUCUGUGCAAUUUUCAUAACUGACUGUUGGGGCAGUGCAUAUAAGGUAGCCUCAGCUAUGCCAAAUAAACAAACUAUUUCACACUAAAAGGAAGUGUGGGGAUAGCACAGUUGAAAGGAACAUAUAUUCUCUUUACCCUCCCUCAUGAGAUUUCUUUCUAGUGUCAUGUACUGUUUGAGCCAUGGAUGAAGAAAAGCCAUCCCCUGUAGGAGACACGGAGAUCAUCUCCUUUUCUGGACCCAUUGCUUCAAGAAUGACUUGUGCUUCUGUCCCCAAUAUGUUUCAGAAGAGGAGAUAUAUGCCUGUGGAGAAUAUCAGAUUUUAUAAAAACAGUGCACGUAUACAAACAUAAAGCUUCCUCAAGGAGGACUGACUGGGGAGUCCCCUACAAAAGCCUUUAUGGGAAAUAUGCUGCCGAUGGUUAAAUGGACACACAGUGUGAUUAGUGAAUAAACAUUGAUUAGUCCAUUGAACUGGUGGUACUCUUGGAGAUGGGUCAGUGUAGUAUACAAAGUUUUAAUUAAAAUUACCAGAUUAGCUGAAUGAAACUUCUUUACUGUAUUCCAAUUAGAAUGAUUUUGCAUUCAUGCCCUACUAGAUCUCUUGCCUUCGUAUUGUCUGAAGCAUUUUAUAUUUAAAUUUAAACUCAUUAUUUGAACUGCUGUGACUAUUUAUAGAACCAAAUCCUACAUCUGGAGUUAGGGCCCACAAGAGUCUCCAAUAAAAGAUUUGCUGAGAUAAGUCUUACAGGAUUUGGGGUAUUACAACAAGAGUUGUAGUCAGUACUGUGUUACAAUGCAAUAUAAAGUUCAGAACAGAAAAAAAAUCUGUUUCAAAACACUCUUUCAGGUGAAACUGCUCUUCUCAAAAUCUUUGGAAGGGGGAACAUGCAUAAAAUGCAAGCUUUUCUAGAUGUCUCUACAAAGCUUUUCAAAAAACUAACAUGAAUAAGUAAAGUGUGUAUGCUACUGAUAGCAAAGACCAUCUAAGAUAAAAGAAGCACAUACAUUUUUUUAAAGGACAUGUCAAAAUUGUAUAAGCUACACUUUGCACCUUAGGAACUGCUUUGAAAAAAUAAAAAAACUACCAUGCUUUCAGUAAAUGUUUAUGUCAAAAUCAUAGUAUGGGAAAACGCAGUCAAGUACUAGUAUUAUUAGUAUGCAUGCUGUUGCAUUAGGAGCUGUUCAAAUGCAGUAUUUGCAUUAAAUAUUGUUACCUUGUUCCUUUCAGAGUUAUUGCUUGCUUACCUUUCAACUUUAAAAUAAAAGUGCAGACAUUUCACAGGUAGAGUGAUAGCAUACAUUUCUUUGAGCAAGAAUUGUUACUAGCACUUUCUAGAAAGGAGCACAACUUUUGUCAUUAAUUCAGAAGAAAUUCUUGAACCAUUAAAAUCAAGCAUAAAACUCCCACUGAUUUCAAAGAAGACAGGACUUUGUGUGUUUAUUACAUUAGAGGAUAAAAUUAGAGAAAUAAUGAAAAAAACCCUAAGGCUCUUCAUUAACAAUACAUUACAUGAUGCUUUUUCUCCAUAAAUCUCAAAGCACUUUACAAAAAGACAGCAUCAUUAUCUCAACUUCUCAUGCGGUGAAACUGAGGCACGAAGAGAGGAAGCAACAGCACUGGGGCUACCCAGCAGGCCCAAGAACAGAAGCAGAUCGCCUCAGUUCCAGGCCAGUGCUCUCUCUGCGUUUGGUCAGACUGUCUCUUCACGUUCUUAAAUUGUUUCUAAAGUGCAUAAAAAAAGCUGGUACGGAUUAUGCAGCUAAGUGUGUCUUUUUUCUUUUCAGUCUGUCAAUAGAUUAAACAGUGUUUCCAGAUCAGGGAUGCAAAACCUUUGAAAGCACCGUGUUUAGUAAGACUUUUAUAAAUGUUUACACACCUCCUAUGUUUGUAAGCAAAUGACUAACAAUACUCAUCUUCACAGCACUGGAUUCUACUAACGAAACUGGAAAAACCAAAAGAAUGAUGAUACCUAAGGGGCGAUGGGUCACAUACUGAGAUCUGAAGUGCAGAGGUCACCCACUGAUACUAACAAGUGGGUACCAGAAGUCAUCGUGCGUGGCACGUUCCUCGGCAGCCAGCAUGGAAUAAUGAUAGAAACUCAAAGAAAAAAAGGCCAUAGACAAAGGUCCUUUUUAACGUUAUUACUUUAACUGAAGGAACUAUUUCCAUAGUAAAGAAUCUUGCAGAAGUAGAAUAUUGGGGAUCUGAAUUACUCAAAAGCUUACAACUGCAAGACUAUUACAGGCUGAAAUUUGGCCUGGGACUUUUUUUGAAUGUGCCUCAUAGCAAGAGAAGAGUAAUUGUAUGGCAAAGGUGGAAAUCAAACUAGUAGCUGCCAGCUGUUUGGCUUGAGGACCUUUCCUUUAAUUCCCAGUUGAUUCCUCACCUGCUACGUAAUAAGCCAUGAAUUAUUUCAUGGACUUGCAUGCAUUUAAGCAAGGCCAGAACAGAAGCAAUAUUACUUAUGGACCACAGACUCAAAAGAGAACUUAUUUUGUAACCUUGCAUUGUCAUCCUAGUUUAUACUACUAGAUUUUACAUAUCUUACAUACUCAUGAGCUGCUUUAAAGCAUUUGUUUUGCUCUGUUACGAUUAUGUGGGUUUUUUUGUUUGUUUUUGGAUUUGUUUUGUUGUGUUGUUUUUUUCUUUUUUAAUAAAGGGGAUAAAAAUGUAAGGUAAAUAAAGAAAAUAUACAGCUUUAUUACAUUUAGUCUUUUGUUUGGGAAUGUGAUAUCAGUAUAAUGAGCUCUUUAAAUGUACAAAAAACAUGACGUAUUUAAAACAUGUAAGAUCUACAGUACCUUUUAGCAUCCAAAACCCAUGAUGUAGACAAAAUGACUCUUUACAACGCAUGACUUUUGUAUGUAUGUAUGAAAUAUUAAGAUAUGUAGUUGUCAUGAAAAUGUGUUGUUGCAAUUUCAUUAGCAAAUAUUUUAUUCAAAAACUCUGGAUAUGAAGUCACCUGUGCCUACAGGUUUCUAUGUUUCUGGUGAAGUCCUGAACAUACAAAAUAAAGUUUUAAAUGGACACAACUUUGGAAGAA